AGGAUUGAGUUACCGAGUGGGACUGUGAAGGAGGGGAAGAAAUGGAAUACAACACCUUUGGAUAUAGCAAAGGAAAUUUCGAAGAGCUUGGCUUCCAAUGCUUUGAUAGCAAAGGUGAAUGGGGUGCUUUGGGAUUUGUUGAGGCCAUUGGAGGGUGACUGUAAGCUCGAGCUCUUCACUUUUAACAGCGAUGAGGGCCGCGAUACGUUUUGGCACUCGAGUGCUCACAUUCUUGGCGAGUCAUUGGAGAGGAAGUAUGGUUGCAAAUUGUGUAUUGGACCGUGUACAACAAGAGGAGAGGGUUUCUAUUAUGAUGCCUUUUAUGGUGAUCUAGGGUUAAAUGAGGAUCACUUUAAAGGGAUUGAGGCGGAGGCAGCACAAGCUGUUUCGGAGAAACAGCCUUUUGAAUGCAUUGAAGUUUCACGGCAGCAAGCUCUUGAUAUGUUCUCUGAUAAUAGGUUUAAGGUUGAAAUCAUAAAAGAUUUACCUGAAGAUAAAACAAUCACAGUAUAUAGAUGUGGUCCCUUGGUUGAUCUAUGCCGUGGUCCGCAUAUUCCAAAUACAUCUUUUGUUAAAGCACUAGCUUGUACAAAGGCUUCAUCAGCAUAUUGGAGGGGAGACAAGGACCGUGAAAGCUUACAAAGAGUUUAUGGAAUAUCUUAUCCCGAUAAGAAACAGUUGAAGGAAUACCUAGCUUUUCUGGAGGAAGCAAAGAAAUUCGAUCACAGAGAGCUGACUAAGAAGCAGGAGCUUUUCUUCUUUCAUCCACUAAGCCCUGGAAGUUGUUUCUUUCUUCCACAUGGUGCUCGAGUUUGCAACAAAUUGCUGGAGUUCAUGCGGAGUCAGUAUUGGAAGAGAGGCUACGAGGAGGUUUGGAGUCCAAAUAUGUACAAUAUGCAGUUGUGGGAAACUUCAGGUCAUGCUGCAAAUUACAAGGAGAACAUGUUUGUGUUUGAGAUUGAAAAGCAAGAAUUUGGGCUGAAGCCAAUGAACUGCCCCGGUCAUUGUUUAAUAUUUGAUCACAGGGUUCGUUCCUACAGGGAGCUACCACUUCGUCUGGCUGACUUUGGGGUUCUGCACAGGAAUGAGGCCAGUGGUGCACUUACUGGCUUGACGCGUGUCAGGAGAUUUCAGCAGGAUGAUGCUCACAUCUUUUGCAGAGAGUCGCAGAUUAAGGUUGAAGUCAAGGGUGGCUUAGAGUUCAUCAGCUAUGUGUAUAAGAUAUUUGGUUUCACUUUUGACCUGAAGUUAUCUACGAGGCCUGAAAAAUAUCUCGGAGACAUCGAAACUUGGGUGAAGGCUGAAGCUGCUCUUUCUGAAGCAUUGAACGAGCAUGGGAAGCCCUGGGAGAUCAAUGAAGGAGAUGGAGCAUUUUACGGCCCAAAAAUUGAUAUAAGUGUUUCUGAUGCAAUGAAUAGGAAAUUCCAGUGUGCAACAUUGCAGCUUGAUUUCCAACUCCCUCAACGUUUCAACCUAUCAUACUCAGCAGAAGAUGAAAGUAAGAGAGAGAGACCAGUUAUGAUACACAGAGCGAUCCUUGGGUCAGUUGAGCGUAUGUUCGCUAUUCUUUUGGAGCAUUUCAAGGGGAAAUGGCCUUUCUGGCUUAGUCCACGUCAAGCAAUGGUCUGCCCUGUUUCCGACAAAUCUCAAUCAUAUGCACUUGAGGUACGAGAGGCUCAAGUGGCACAAUAUAACUAUAUUCUGGUUGUUGGAGAGACUGAAGCCAGUAGUGGCCAGGUGAGUGUUCGAGUGAGAGACAAACCUGAUCAUCAAGUCAUGACAGUUGACGGCCUCCUUGGUCACUUCAAAGAUAUGGUUGCAUCAUUUCAGUAGGUAGUCAGCAAUCAAGCUUCAAUUUGCCUUAUAGCCCCAAGGCUUUGGGGAGUGCAGCGUGCUAGGGAUGAGUUAGGUGCACGUCACGGGCUCGAAUCUUGCAGAAAAAAGCCCCAGGAUAUUUCUCGGUUAUCACAAAAAAGGCUUCGUUUUGUCUUCAUGUGUGAGAAUGGUGAUGUAUGCCAGCACAUUCAAUCUUUUUGUUUUACAGUAAUCGAAAGCCAUUGUAGUACAACAUUCUGAUAUAAAUUCAGUAGGAAUCUUGGUGUUAUAUCCAUAUUUUUUUAAGCGGAAUGGUUUCUCAAUAGCCAAGUUUCAUUUUAUUCUU